UCAAGUUACAAAAGCCAAUCCAGGCCAAAUUCAAAAGCAGCGUCAACACGGCAGCAAUCACAAUCACGAUCACGGUCUAAUACCCAAACUAGCAAGACGUGGACCAGCAUUAAUCCCUUUAUCAAUUUCAUGUAUGGUUUCCGUAAAACACAUACAGGAGAAAACAGUAAGAACAUUUUUCGACUUGGUGGAGAAUGCUGGCGAAACAUGACAAAAGAUGACAAACAGCCCUUUGUCGAUGCAGCAAAUCGAAAUAAGAAGCUGAAACAAAAGCAAACGAGCCGAGAACAAAAAUCAAAUAAUCCUGAACAGCAACAAUCGAAGAAACGAGCUGAUGACGACGAUGUACCAACGAAGAGGAACUCAUCACGACAAGUUCCUACUUCCAAGAAACGCAAGGGACAGCAGCAAAAAACCGAACCAGAUUUGAAAAAAAAACGCACUAAGAGUGACGUUGAGUCAGACAGUGAUACAGAUGAUACAUCCAGAUCAAUACAUACUGCUACAACCGAUUGUCCCUCCGAAGAUUCAGACCAAAGUUCCUAAAUUAC